AUGAAGAAUCGGAAACUCAAAGGUAAGGAAAACGGAGAGAAACUCAACGGUUCAGAAUUGAUCAAAAUGAAGAAUAAUAAGAUGAAGAAUAUGAAGAGGUUGGGUGGGCGUGGCCUUUCUCUCGAGGCCUUCAUCAAUGCCAAAUCAAAGAGCGAUUUCUACAACCCAGCUCUGAUAAAGAAGCAAAAGGAGUUCUAUAAAAAUGCAAAGAAUGUGAAGAAGUACAAGAAGUUGCUGAAGCAACAAAGUCAACAGCGUGAUAUUUCCUUAGCUAUAAGCCUAGAUGAGAAUGAAACUGAAGAUGGAAGCAUAAUGAGCAUGAACAACAAGAACAGCAAGAAUCGAGGUAUACCCAGUUUGAAAAAAAUGUAUGAGCAGAAGCGUGAAAAGAAAGAGAGCACAAGGAUUGAGAUGGAGGCUCUUAAUCAGGCAAAGAAGGAAGAGAGAGAAAAAUCAGAAGCUCGGAGGAAGUCUGUGAGGGAGAAGAUGUUCAAGAAGACGCAUGCAGGCCAGCCUGUUAUGAAGUACAGAAUUGAGCAUCUUUUGGAGACUAUUGAAAAUUCAGCCAAAAAUUAAGUUGGUUGUAGUUUUUGCUUUGCCCUUCAUCCCCCGCCAUCCUCUUUCCUAUUUCUUGUUAGUGAUGGAUAAUUCUAGCUGCAGUAACACUAAUGAUGUAACAAUUCAUGAACAGAAUUUUUUAUUUCAUAGAGAAGAGAAGUGAAGUUGGCAAUCU